GGCUAGCACGCGCAGGAAGAGAGGAGAAGAAGUGACAUCUCCGGGUAGUGAAACUAUUCCCGCGUGAUAUAGUCCUUAUUCACCUCCUCGAACAGUUAACUGGACGCAGUAACGACCAAACCACCGUCAAACAGUCCAAUAUAUCUCGAAGUGUCCACAGUUGUUGUUCGCUGUAUUUUUCAGCUUGUUGGAAAUUUAGCGCGUAUCGCUGUCGAGCGAGCUCGCGGAAGAGAUUUGCAUCGUGCCUGCAUCAAAUACCAAAGCCAAUCGAUUCAGAAGAUAAUCAAAAACUUUACAUCAAGCGAAGUCACAGUCGACGGCGGUGUAAAUAUGAGUUACAAACCGAUAGCCCCCGCACCCACCGGCUCCAACCACACGCCACCAGGAUCCUGUGGCUCUUCUCCAUCACUGCCCUCCUCAUCAAACUUGAGACCAGCAUUCAGUGACUUUGGCCCACCAUCGAUGGGCUUUGUGCAACCAGUGAAAGUGUCCCAGGGAUCCACCUACAGUGAGCUGCUCUCUGUCAUUGAGGAGAUGAGCCGUGAAAUCCGGCCUACCUACGCCGGCAGUAAAAGUGCCAUGGAGAGACUGAAGAGAGGUAUCAUCCACGCACGUGCUCUUGUCAGGGAGUGUCUAGCAGAGACAGAGCGAAGUGCUCGCACAUAACAUCUACCCACAACCUCCCUCUGGUGCUUGUCUCCCCAUUGUUCUAUCGCUCACAGACUCUCUCUGCCAAGGCUAUUUACACCAACACUUUCUAUCUUUCUUACUGACCUUCUUUGUCCAUCAUACAUAGCUCUGUCCCGGUCUGCCCUGCUGUACACCUCAUGUAGUGUUAUUGUGUUAAGCAUAGCAAUUUUU